AUGCUGGUCCGAAAGGAAGAGUCCUCGUCAAAUACUUCUACGGAGUCGAGCAGUUCUACGGAUUCAACAGACGUCGAGGAAGAUUUUGCAUCCUCUUCCUCUUCUUCAGAAGUGGAGCAACCCGAAUCAAGUACACCGACUCCGCCAGAGGCCGAGUCGGAGGUCGUGCCUGAAGAGGAGCAUCCAACAGUAGUUUCGAGACAAGCUACAGUUGUUUCUCGGCAGCCAACUACUGUCUCUAGACAGCCAACUGUGUUCUCAAGGCAGCCAACCAUCGUCUCCAGACAGCCAACAGCCGUUUCACAACAGCCAACGAAAAUAUCCCGGCAGCCAACAGCGGUUUCACGUCAGCCCACCGCGAAAGAAGAAACGCCUGUAGUUUCUCAGAAAUCUACAGUAGUCUCUAGAGCGCCCACUGUCGUAUCUCGUAAGCCAACGACGGUUUCGAGACAGCCAACCGCAUUCGAAGAGGCUUCUCCGCAGGUGGUAGUAGAGACGCCUUCAGUGUCUCGAAAGCCUACGGUGGUAACACUAGUACCAACCGUCGCAUCUCGCCAGCCAACAGAGCUAUCUCGUCAGCCUACCUUUCCGUAUGAGGAACUAGGUCCGCAACUGGAGGCGACGCCUCCAGUGUCCCGGAAGCCCACGGUCGUGUCUCAUCAGCCAACAGCCGUUUCUCGAAAGCCUACC